GUCGAGAGUCAGGGUUACUUAGCCCUAUAGAACGUCGAGAUUCAGGGUACGAGUCGAUGGAUUCAGGGUUACUUAGCCCUAUAGAACGUCGAGAUUCAGGGUACGAGUCGAUGGAUUCAGGGUUACUUAGCCCUAUAGAAUGUCGAGAUUCAGGGUACGAGUCGGGAUUAACGGGUUUAGUCCUACAGAACGUCGAGAUUCGAGGAAUGGGUGGAUGAGUUUGUCCACCAAACGUGUCUGGUAUUUGGACUGGGCGAGCCAGAACGGUUCCCACCCGUUGCAACCACCGUGCGGGCCGCUCUUGUUCGCCGCCGUUCGCGCCGACAGAACACGUCUCGCAGGGUCCAUCGUACAGUGGGUCGACGAUGGCGAAUUCAAUUUCAAGUUUACGUUGAACAAGCAUUACAGAAGUGAUGGUUCUGUCGACGGCAUCGCAAAGGGAUGCAAGGUUGCCGGGAGGAUGUUCUGCGGGUACGGUCGUCGUGCAAUGUCUUUGCCUCACUUUCUCCCGCUAGUGCCGGGGCACGACGAGGCCGUUCACGUCACAGACUUCCUGGAGGUCUGGGCGAAAUCUGGUACCUCUGUCAGUGCUAUGGACGUCGGACCUGGAACAUCGAUCAGUGGUCCUGCUGGGUUCACAAGAGGAGAGUGCUCUGAAAGGGAGAUAGGAGGUCAAGGUGGCCUGCCAGCUACGCCUCCUGAUCAAGAGGUAGGCAUGCCAGACGACUCGGAGGACGACCAUCCGCGUGCUCCUUUGAAACCGGGCUUGCAUGUAUCUCGCCGCCACGGUUUGCUUGGGGAGUCGACGCCACAUGGAGGCGGCGAUGGCGAACGGUUGCGACAGGGCUCAGAAUCGACGACUCCUCGUGGUCUGGUCGAAAGGAUCGGUUCGUUCGUUCGUGGCACGCAGGUGGUCGAGGUUUCGCCUGGAGAUCAAGCGGGUGGUCCGCAGGUUCGAGAGACAGGGGUGCAGAAGGACGUCGUGUUGCACAUCCAUCCCAAAAGAAUUUUAGCUAUUCCAGACAGGGAAGACGCGUACAACCACCGAUCCUUGGAUGAGUUCCUCGUUGAUACCAUCGCCUCAGCUAUGAUCGACUGCUAUGAACGUAAAGACAUGAGAUACACAAAGCCCAUUUUCGUUCUCGCUCCGAUCGUCGCGCCUCUAGAGAACGGCGAGCCUGUUGUGCGGGUGCUGCCUGCUGACUUCGACAGCUCACACCGAGAGAAAUACUGGUAUUAUCCUGUGUGUGGACAGCAUAACGCGAGGGCGGCAAUGAUGGUGAAAGACCAUCCCGUGUUUGAUUACUACAACUUCUGUAAAUGGCUUUUCAGACCGAUCUACUUCCCUGACGACGAGUUCGACGGCUACGCCCAUGUCAGCUACGAAGACAACAUGAAAGACAAGAAGAAUCCACCGCGCUUGCAGGUUUUGUCUAUGCGGGACAUUCGCAAUAUCAGGAAAAUAAAGGGCAAACCGCGUGUGGUGCUCGACAAUGCCUCGAAGAAACAGGACGAGGUGCGAAAGUGGGUGCGGUUCAUGGCAUUGGCAAUGAAGAAGACGCCGUACACGCCUAUCUGGAAUCUGUCAAUGGACGCAAAGAAAAGAAAGGAAUGGGCUGAGAAACUUCGAUACUACCUCCCGCGGGCCAUGGCAGAUGACUCCGGGCUGAAGAAACACGUCUGGUACGUGAAGGUGGACGACCCGUCGUUGAAAAAGGGGAAGGGGAAGCCAAAGAAAGGCGCGGAGGAGAAAACUUUCUACGUCCAAGUUCCGGAGCCGGAUGUCCACUGCUGGAAGGAAUUGGGGGACUUGACGGACCGCGAGAAGAAAAGGCUGUUGAACGGCGUGUUGAACCUUAACGUCGUGUGGGUUCAAACGAGUAGGAAAAAUUUGGCCGAGCAGGGGAAAUUCAGUGUCAAGGAGAUGGUUGACAUAAUAAAAAUAGACCGGAUUAUGCUGAGGUUGUGGCACUACGUAGAGUUCGAGUACGAGGAAAUGGAUAAGCGGGAGUGGAAUGCCAACUCCACGUUCUUCAGGUCCAAGAAGCAACUGUUCGAAGAGUUCAAGGACAGAGGUCUCGACGACAAGCUUUGGAACGAGAGCAGGAAAUUUUUCACGGACACCACAUACGUCAACAAGUGCCCUCAGUUUCUCGGGUGUCAUCACGACAACAACAUCAAGAGAACGGCGGCCCUCGUCAACGACCAGCAUUUCCCGACGGAGUGGAAGCGUGUCGUCCUUUCGGUGAUUACUGGAGAUCGCGCCAAAGGCAAAAAAAACCCUCGGGGCGUUGAUGAAUGCAUCAACAUUAUGUGGACAAGGACAAGCGCCUUGACGACGCUGGCCCAGUUUAACGUCAACCCAUUGACUGCCAUAGAUCAUAAGGCUGCGCUGGGAAAACUAGGGCAUCAGCUACGCUCCCACACUUGCGUGCUCGACUUGUGCGGAACUGUUGACCGUGCGCAAUGGGACUCUGGGGCAUUCGCGUCUUUGAGUGAGUUGCAGGGAUUCGUUUGUCAUGACUACUGGACAUUGGUCGUAUUCGUCCCCUGCCUGUGGAACCUCUCCUUCAUGACAUGUUUGUCUGCGCUUGGGGCUACCCGAUGCUACACGGGGAAGUGGGUUUGGAAGACGGCAUCGAAGAAGACGCAUCAGUUCGGAAACAGCGUAUGGGAGGAGCCGGAUGUGAUGCACAUCCUUUUCAAAGGCGAGGAUCCUCGGCUACUGACUCACCCGGUGUACGAGGGAGUUGUUGCUGAAGACGACGMYRYCGCUCUCCGGARGAAACAGAAAGUGACACCCACGGAUGUGGAGGAGAAGUCUUUCAAGUCUUUGACUUUCGCGGACAUCGGAAACCUGACCCAGAGGGGGGCUCUGUACAAAGACGGCGAGCGGAAUCCGAAUCAGUUGUGCAAUCAGCUUCUUUUCUUCUGUGGUGUGGCGGAUGCAUUGCUGUUCUCGGGCAAGCUGCACGCGCAGGUGGUGUGGAGUCUGCUUCAGCAGGGAAGGCACGUCUUGGCCGUGGAUGGGGACACAACGCAGCUCGAAUACACCGUGCAGUAUGUCACCCAUGAAGUGUCGUCCAAGGCUUACCCAUGUGAUUUCCACCAUGUCGUGGUCGAGCCCGUUUAUGACCCGAACAAGGACAUGUUCUAUAAGUUGACUCCGAAGAAAAGGCGCCAGGUCUACUCCUUUCUUUACGGCCAACAACCAAGGUUGAGAUUUGACCCGCAGUACGUGGUGCGGAAGGAAGUCGCCAUUGCGGUCCUCCAGGGCUACCACGGAGCGAGUCGGGCCGGCGCUGACCCUGUGAUUAGCUCCACCAGCGAAACACAGUUUGUCGAUGCGGUUGGCGGGGUGGGUGUCGCAAAGCAUGGAACAUGCUUCGCUCAGCUCCAAAAACGGUUGGCGGAUUGUCUCGGAUCAAUCCGAACCUCGGAGACGACCUCGUUGUCCGGAACUCAAUGUCUUCCAGGAAGCGAGACGACAACAUACCAUGGGUCCGGCAGCGACAAGCUGGAACCGUGUUCCAUUUCGCCUCAAAAGGAAUUUUGGAUUAAUCCGAAUCGCGAAGGUCGUGCCAUCGAGGGAGCACAGUUGUCUACAGAACUUGAACGGGUGGUCCGGGUUUCCGAAAACCCUAGCGACGGAAUUCGGAUUCAUCCGAACCAAGAAGCCGUGUCUGCCAUGACAGACGAUCGGUGUCAGGAUGCAGUAAUGCUGUGUGUGGAAGCCCACAAAGAGCUGCAGGCGGACUGUCGGACUGAGGGUAAGUUGGCGACCAGUUCCCAUGUCGAGCCCAACAGACUCGGAGCCGAGUUAGCAGUCGUAAGCGACUCCCCGAUGAAAGCGGUCAUGUCGGCGUCAUUGGAAACUGCGGGGGCUCGGAUGAAUCUGAACCAGGGCCCUGUGAACAUCUCCCUCCCUGAUGCAUCUUUGGAGACGACCGUGAUUCGGAUUCAUCCGAGGCACAUAGACGAAGGACUUCAACUGGCAGGCGUUGAGGGUUGUCGACUACUGACGACUUUGGACAAGGACAAUUCCGCCGACGAACGGAUUGAUCCGACACUCAAGGACGUCGGGAUGGAGCUAUCAGUUCAGCCGGGAUACGACGAUCCCUUGUACUCCGCCCUUCACAACGAGGCGACGGGGGAGGACGAUCUGAAGAAGGCCUCUGAUGCUGUUGGAGAUAGAUUUCUCUAUUUGAGUGACGACGACAAAGACACAGCGUACAGGGACAAGAAGUUAAGGGGGGGAGAGGUGUUGUUGGACAUCCAUGGGACAUUGAGCCCAACAYAAUAYGACAMAGUGGCAAUGGAGAAAACACAACCUGYCGAUGUUGUGGACGUCGACGAUCUUUGUCCGGAGACGAAUAUACCGUCUACGGUCAUCGACGCCGACAUCUCGAGCCUGUCAAGUUUCCCUGUGGGUUUGGAGCACGUCGUCGCCUUGUCGACGCGCGCAGGGGUGCCAAUCGUGCUGGGACUGCCGUCGGUGGGCUCUAGUGAAGUGGUAGCUAGGCCUGGGUUUCCUCGAGAUGGAAGAGCAGUCCUUGAAGACGUUAUCUGCUCCCGAUUGCCGCUCACUAUCAUCGUCGCACGUUUGUCGUCGCACAGUUUACAGCGCGACAUCAACGGGACACAGCGGGGGCGUCGGGGUGCGGUGACAUCGAGGGGACGCUACAUCAACGGUGCGGCACGGUCAGACGACAUCGAAGAUCGAGGUCACGACUUGUUGGAUCCUGGUGGGGGGGCGAUGACGGGGGGUGCAGGGAGCAGCGGUGCGGGGGGGUCUGGGGGUGCCCAAUUUGACCCGCUGUCCGAGAAGGAGAUGGCGAAGUUGAGGCGAGAGAGCAUUGUUUGGAACUACAUCACCGCGGGCCAGUACGUCGGGGACCAAUCGAAGAUGCAUGGGGACCGAAAGUUGCGUUGCAACUUAUGCGGCCACCUAUUUCAGGGGGGGUCGUCGAAGGCCGCGCGUCAUUUUACGCAGUCAAAGUUCUGCAAGGCUGGGGGGAUGAGAGUUCUCGCGGAACUCUGGAACGGCACGGACUACACAUUUGUGCCGUCCACUGCUCAGCGGGUGCAGAGGUGGAUGGCGGACGAGGGCAUACGGGACACGAGAGCACCCGCGGGUGGCAAGAGACAGCGGAUGCACGACGCAGGGGAGGAGGUGGUGAUGACGUCGAGAGGCGUUGGUGGAGCGGGUCCUGCUACUAGGGCGCCGCGAGGUGAGGUCGAGCACGCGGCGAGGGAGAAGUGGACAGUGGGGCAGGCUGGCGUCGAGGUGCCAGACACGGGCAGGGAGAAGAGGGCUCGGCCGACCACGAUUGUCGAGAUGUACGCCAGGGAGAAGUUGGCCGAGUUCCAUGACGCGUGGCUUCAGUGGAUCUACGUGAAGAAGUUGCCAUUCAACGCCUUCCGUGGUCCGGAGUUCCAGAGGGUGCGGCAGGCAGUAGAGAGAGUGCCUCGCUCUAUCCAGUUCCGGUUUCCCUCCUUCAGGGUUACAGCGGGGGCCAGUAUCCCUUCGCAGAGGGCGAAGGUGGUGACGAUGGUAAGCGAGGUGCGCGCCACUUUCCGGCACAGCGGUGCCACUAUCCUUUUCGACGGGAGGAAGUCGCGCAGCGGCAAGCCGUUCGUGAACUUCCUGGUCGGGGGCGCCAAUGGCACCCUGCUGUACGCCACCGUCGCACGUGAUGGGUCGGUCCGAGACAUAGCGGAUGUCGUGUAUCGUAGGUGGCGGGCCAUCAUCUUGUCCUUUCCUGCAAAGAACGUGAUUGGCUUCUGCACAGACUCCGCCAGUAACUAUACGGCAGCAGUGCGCAGGUUCGCCACAGACCCCGAGCCUGACAUCAGGAGGAUCACUUGGCUCCCCUGCUCCACCCAUGUCUGCAACUUGAUGUUGUCAGAUAUCGGAACGCGAGUGGUGUGGGUCAAGGAGACCGUCAUCCGCGCUCGAGCGCUUAUGCGAUUUAUUAAAUCGCACGGCACUGCUCACGCCCUGUUUAGGAAGGUGAGCCCUCGCGUUCAGCUCGUCGAGCCCGUUGAGACACGGUUUGCAUCGGUUUUCCUGAUGCAGACGUGUCUCAAAGGCCGACGAGACGCGUUGGAGAGCAUGUUGCGCGGGGAUGCUUGGGCACGCAUCCCAUGGGAUCGCGCCCACAUAUCUCAGGCGCAGUGGGUGCAGCAGCAGAUCCGGGACGGGGAGUUUUGGCAGCGUGUCCAUUACGCCAUCCUAGUCAUGUCGCCCGUCCACCAGCUGUUGCGCAGGAUGGAUAGCGGUGGGAUGAUGAUGUCCGUCGUUUACGAGUGGAGUCAGCAUCUGCUGCAGUUGAUGAGGAGGGUCGAUGUGUCGACGGACAUGAUCGAGUCGUGCGUGCGUGAGGUUGCCAUCCGCAACCUCCACAUGCUAAAGCCCGCACAUGCCGCGGCCCACCUCCUCAACCCUCGCCGACGGUCCCUCACGUAUUACCAUUCGCUGCAGACGACCGCCGACGACCGCCUUGUGGUCGAGGAGUGCGACAGAUUUCUCCUGGCGCAGACCGGCGGCGAUCCGGUCGGGUUAUUGUACAGGACCGUGAGGGACCCGAUGAGGGCGUUCCACUCGAGGCGAGGGGAUUGGGGAGAUCGUGAGCUCUCCAAUGCCGAGGCGAGCAUCAUCAACUACUGCGUGAUUGUGUACAUGGAUGACAUUCUGGUGUAUUCGAGUUCCUACGGGGGAUACGUGCAGCACAUCGAAUGGGCACUGCAUGCAUUACGAGAUGCAGGUUUCAAAGUGGCACUUGAGAAGUGUCAGUUUUUCCUCACCACCAUUUCCUUCCUAAGGCACGUGGUGACAGACAAGGGACUCCAACCGGAACCGCAGAAAGUGGCAGUUGUCAGGGACGCGCCGGUGCCUACGACUAUCAUGCAAGUUCGCGCCUUUCUGGGCCUAGCCUCGUACUACCGAAGAUUUAUCAAGAGCUUCGCGGCGAUUGCGGGACCCCUCACAAAUCUGCUGCGCAAGGAUCAGUCGUUGAUCUGGACGCCGGAAUGCGAUCAAGCGUUUUCCGCACUCAAGGCCGCUCUCAUUUCGGCUCCGGUCCUUAUAAGACCGGAUCCCGAAAAACCUUUUGUUCUCAUCACUGACUGGCAGCCAGAGGCAAUUUCGACGAUCCUUGCCCAGGAGGGACCAAGCGGACUCGAGAGUGUGGUGGAGUAUGCGUCCAAAUCAGUGCACGCCCGCAAGCGUAACUACGCCGCUCCAACGGUCCCUCUUAUCAAUCCUGGACAGUGGCGGUUGUGGCGCGAAACGUUUGAGGAGCUGUCUUUUUGCCUGGCCAGAGUACAUGUGACAUGGACGGGCACUAGUGAGCAUCCCACGUGGAUCGAGAAUCCGGAGCUGCUGAUCAUACAGGCUUGGAGGACUAACGUGGAAGGAGAUCUUCUUGGCUUUCUCUUCGGAUCGGUACGGCCGGAUCGACGCCACCUGAUUGCGCAGGAGCUUAUCGCACCGAUCGUGCAAUUGGCAGACGAUCUCUCGCCCGACAUCUAUUUUCUGAGUGACGACAGUCCUGCUCCGUACAUUUUCGAGCGAUCAUUGGACCCGUACCUUCAGUGGACUGCGUGCUUGGAGGAACCUAGGGACGAGGAUACACUACCAUUGCGACAGGAGUACGUGAAGCCGUACGAGAUCAUCCCUCACGCCUUCUAUCCGAGGGCAGAGGAAGUAGUGAUCGGCGACGACAAAGAAGAAGACGAAGACGAAGAAACAUCGGAGGAGGGAAGCUAUAGUGAACAAAGCGAGGGCGAGCUGAGCGAAGGAGAAGAGGAGGAAGAGGAAACUGGAUCUGAGUGGGAAGCCUUGCCGGAGGAAGCGACGCGUACAGGAACGGAGGCAGACGAUCCAGAAGCGACGCGAAAGCACGAAGAAAUUGCCACCGGGAAGCGCCAACUGGAGUUCGCCAGCCAAGCUAGCUUGCGCAUCGGCAACGAUCCAACCAGGGAUCCAGAGCCGCCGAAGCCCAAAGAUGGCGACCCUGCAGCCGCCACCUCAAUCGUCGUGCUCGCGCUCUCGGGGGCUCGCCGCCAUCGCUACAGCCCGCCACUGCGCGACCGCGAUUCGGCGCAAGCGACAAUCAACACGAAGAAAAUGACGCGCAAGUUUUUCGUUGGCGGCAACUGGAAGUGCAAUGGAACCGUGGAGAGUGUUUCGAAGCUGGUGGAUACGUUGAAUGCGGGCGCGAUUGUGUCGACUGACAUCGUGGAGGUGGUGGUUGCUCCUCCCUUCAUCCACCUCCCGCUGGUUAAGGAUCAGCUGAGGAAGGAGAUCCAGGUGUCCGCUCAGAACUGCUGGGUGAAAAAGGGCGGGGCGUACACGGGCGAGGUCAGCGCCGAGCAAUUGCUCGACCUCGCCAUUCCCUACGUCAUCCUUGGACACUCGGAGAGGCGACAUAUAAUGAAGGAAAGCCAUGCCUUCGUUGGGCAGAAGUGCGCGUAUGCGCUCAGCAAGGGGUUGAAGGUGAUCGCGUGUAUCGGAGAGACGCUGGGGGAGAGAGAGGCCGGCGAGACAAUCAAGGUGUGCGCGGAGCAGUUGAACGCCAUCAAGGAGGCCAUCGGAGAGAACUGGAGCGACGUGGUCGUUGCGUACGAGCCCGUGUGGGCGAUCGGCACGGGCAAGGUGGCGACGCCUGAGCAGGCGGAGGAGGUCCACGUGGGACUGCGGAACUGGCUGGCGGAGAACGUCAGCGCGGAAGUCGCGGAGGCAACGCGCAUUCUGUACGGAGGAUCUGUGACGGCAGGCAACUGCAAGGAGUUGGCCAAGAAGCCUAACGUCGAUGGCUUCCUCGUUGGCGGUGCCGCGCUCAAGCCCGAGUUCAUUGAUAUCAUCAACUCCGCCCAGAGUAAGGUGGCAGCCUAGAGAUAAAUAGAUAGAUAGAUAGGUAGAUAGAUGUGUGUACUAGAGAGAGUGAGAGAGAGAGAGAGAGAGAGAGAGAGAGAGAGAGAGAGAGAGGGGUGAAAAGUUCGUGUCCGGUGGAUCUAGUUGAAAAGAUUUCGGGGUUCAUUUAUAAUCGAACGAUUUUGGUUUCGGCUGAGAGAGAGAGAGAGAGAGAGAGAGAGGUGGCAGAUUCAUGUCCAGUGGAUGUAGUUGGAAAGAUUUCGGGGUUCAUUUUUAGUCGAACGAUUUUGGUUUCCGGCUUUCAAGAAGAAAUUGGACUUUUCGUUUCCCCUUUCGAUUUGUUCCCUCGUUGGAGGUUUGAGCACGGAUGUGGCUGCUACGGGGUUCCCCGUAAUACUAUAAUGACAAUAAAAAAAGGCCUGAAAG